CAGAAUCCAGGCUCCCCAUCCCCACUCUUCACAAUAUUUGAUUAGGAAUUUGGGGGCGGGCCCCUGGCCUGGCACAGACACGCACAGUCUCAGUAGACGCUCUCAUUUCUCUCUGCCUCUCACACAUCCUCCAACCAAGGAGGCCAGACAGAGGGACGUGGGCACUCUCUGAAGGGUUCAACUCGAGAGAGACAAAAUGCAGUGGGCCUCCCUCCUGCUGCUGGCAGGGCUCUGCUCCCUCUCCUGGGCCCAGUAUGAUGACGACUCCCACUGGUGGUUCCAGUACCUCCGUAACCAGCAGUCCACCUACUAUGAUCCCUAUGACCCCUACCCUUACGAGCCCUAUGAGCCUUACCCUUACGGCGUGGAGGAAGGCCCAGCCUACGCCUACGGCUCCCCGGCCCCACCUGAGCCCCGCGACUGCCCCCAGGAGUGCGACUGUCCCCCCAACUUCCCCACCGCCAUGUACUGUGACAACCGCAACCUCAAGUACCUGCCCUUCGUCCCCUCCCGCAUGAAGUACGUCUACUUCCAGAACAACCAGAUCUCUGCCAUCCAGGAGGGCGUCUUCGACAACGCCACGGGGCUGCUCUGGAUUGCUCUCCAUGGCAACCAGAUCACCAGUGAUAAAGUGGGCAAGAAGAUCUUCUCCAAGCUGAAGCACCUGGAGAGGCUGUACCUGGACCACAACAACCUGACCCGGGUGCCCGGCCCACUGCCUCGCUCCCUGAGGGAGCUCCAUCUUGACCACAACCAGAUCUCGAGGGUCCCCAACAAUGCGCUAGAGGGGCUGGAGAACCUCACGGCCUUGUACCUCCAACACAACGAGAUCCAGGAAGUGGGCAGCUCGAUGAAAGGCCUCCGGUCACUGAUCUUGCUGGACCUGAGCUACAACCACCUUCGGAAGGUGCCUGAUGGACUGCCCAUAGCCCUUGAACAGCUGUACCUCGAGCACAACAAUGUCUACUCGGUCCCCGACAGCUACUUCCGGGGCUCACCCAAGCUCCUGUAUGUACGCCUGUCCCACAACAGCCUCACCAACCAUGGCCUGUCCUCGAACACCUUCAACUCCAGCAGCCUCCUUGAGCUCGACCUCUCGUACAACCAGCUGCAGAAGAUCCCCCCAGUCAGCACCAACCUGGAGAACCUCUACCUCCAAGGGAAUAGGAUCAAUGAGUUCUCCAUCAGCAGCUUCUGCACCGUGGUGGACGUCAUGAACUUCUCCAAGCUGCAGGUGCUGCGCCUGGACGGGAACGAGAUCAAGCGCAGCGCCAUGCCGGCCGACGCGCCCCUCUGCCUGCGCCUCGCCAGCCUCAUCGAGAUCUGAGCGGCCCCGCACCGGGCGCGCGGCGGCGACAGCCCCCGCGCCCCUCCGCAUCUGGCUUGAUGGUUUGGUUUGGCUUUUGCUGGAAGGUCGGGGGCAGAGCAUGUGGCAGAAGUCCGUGGGCUUCCUCUAUCGUCUUUUUCCCUGUAGGCAGGUUUAGGUCGAAUCAGGGGUCGGGCAGCUUCCUUCUGCUGGGGGACACGAAACUCUCUUUUCCGGGACAGAAGUGGUGGCAGACGGAGUAAUCCCUGAAGUUCCGACCCCAGAAAUCUCAUUACCCGUAAGUUCUUCACGAUGAUCUGGUGUAAUGAACCUUAAAAGUUGUCUGGGCAGUGGUACAUGGCCGUCCUUGUUAAGCAGUCUCUGACUCUGUGAGCAGCACUUGACAGCUUUCCCACGUGCUGGGCUGCUUGUGCAGUUACUCUGGGCUCCCACUCACUGCUGCUCAGAAUAUACCUCUUGCCCAGCCUCCUCCUCCUGAGUCCGCCUCACCCACUCAACCAUGCUCCACAGACCCCUCUUUACUCCUUAAACAGAGGCAGGAGACCCCCAAGGCAUGUGGGCUUCUGCCCAGAAGCCUGUGCAGAGAACUCACACUUGUGUCUGAGGUUGGAAGGGCACCAAGAGUCACCUCUACACCUUCCUAACCUCACUCCUUGCAAACUACCAGACUGGAGGCCACCAGUACGAUGACAGUAUUCCUGACCUGACGUGGGGGGAGACAACCGAUCUCAGGCUUAGAAAAAUGCAUCGGGCUGCACGGUAGCAGCUGGGCAGUUCUUUGAAGGUGGAUCAGGCUUCAGAAGAGGAAAGGCCAGACUCUUCUUGUCCUCAGCAUCUGGAAUGGGGGUAAACACACCUCAAGGUGGCUGAACUGAGGCCGCAGCCCCAGCAGUUUCAUUCUUGCCCAGCACUCUCUGCAUUCCCAGCAGCUCCCUCCGUGGUCUUUAUCCUCAAAGGCAGAGGCCAUGUGGUUCUCAAAGCAUAUAAGGGUAAUUGGUCCUCUCCUCUUAUGCAAGCAGAAAGGUCUAUAUCCUGUUGGGAGGGAAAGACUCCGACCAGCCCAGGACUUGCCUGCUCGCCCGGAGGAGGAAGCUGUGGUAUUGUUUUGCUAUCUGUAUUGUUUUGUCCUAAGGCUGCAGUGAGCCAAACCAGCUCUGGCUGGAGAUGCUCACUGGGCCCUUGAAGCCCUGGCCAGGCAGCCAAAUCUUGCCUGUGCUGAGUGCAAAACCCUCUGCUUUCACAUCUCUGUGCUGCACCCUCAUUACUGAAGGUGGCUGUUGCUUUGUAGCUUGGCUGGAGAGCGAUUUAUUUUUCCCAUUGCUGAAAGCCAUGUUGCCUGGGGAGACCUAACUCUCCUGCUCUUUUGGGUACUAUUGGGAUGAAGCCAUCUGGGCAGCCAGGGGCAGGACUGCUUGAGGAGAGCUGGCCCUAGUCUGGUCCCUGCCCAGACGCCACUGCAUCCCUGAUACAGUGUAUGCUUUGAAGCACUUUCCCGGAAAAGCAAAGCAGUGAUCCUUGGUCUGUAUUCUUGGUUUCGGACCCUUAAAUCCACAAAAGCCAAACCAGCUCAUUUCAACAAAGGAGCUCUAGUGUGAGGGGCAAGGCUGCCCCCCGGCCCCAGGGCUCUUCAAAAAGCAUCUGCAUGUGAACACCAUCAUGCCUCUAUAAAGGAUCCUUAUUAUAGGAAAAGCAUGAGUGGUGGCUAACCUGACCAAUAAAGUUAUUUCACAAUUGCA